AUGGGUGUAAAAAGCAAGUCUAAACAAUCAAUAAAGAAUGUGCCGGUCACGAAGAAAGCAGCGUUAAAGAAAACGAACGCCAAUGUCGAAGAAGACGACGAUAUGCUGGACAGUGAGGUGGAAGACGACGACGAACUGAUGGAGCUAGAGGAUGAUGAAUCGAUUGCGCCGGAUGAUGAUGAUUCCGAUGACGAGGAGAUGGAGGAAAGCAAGCCCCAAAAACAGGCUAAACAGUCGAAAAAGUCACAGAAACAGGCAAAGACGAAUGGAACGAAAAAGACGCCGGAACUAAAUCUGAAACCGAAGGAACCACUCUCGGCUCGGUUGGAGCGAACUGUUUGCGUGAAGCAUCUGAAAGCUACCCAUACCGAUGCUGAUAUAGCAAAAUUCUUUGCCAGCGUCGGCAAAUGUACCCUAACGAAGCGCGUACUAAGCAAGGGACUGGCGAUGGUCCUGCUGGACAGUGCAAAGCAGGUAGAGAAAGCAUUAGCUCUGAAUGGGAAAACACUAGGCGGGCAUGCCAUUAUUGUGGAACGAUCAAAGUUUGUUGGUUCGGAUGCGAAACUUAAGGAGAAGAAAAAGCUUCGAACAAAGAAGCAAAAGCUGGCGCGCCGCAAGAAGGCCAAACAAGAUAAGGAUCCGGAUCAAAAUGAAAAGUCAGGAAAAAAGCAAGUAACCGGUGAAGGACAGAAAAACAAAAAAGACACGAAGGAAGGCAAAAAGCAAAAGAAAGUAGUAGAACCAGCAGCUCAAAAGAGUAAACCCGAUAAGAAGCUAUCGAGCAGCAAUGAGAACGGCAAGAAAAAGAAGGACAAAAAAGCAAAAUAA